UCCGAGAGAGAGAUGGCAGAAACCGCUCCAGCCCCGGCUGCUGCCGCCCCGGCCAAAGCGCCCAAGAAGAAGUCAGCUGCGAAAGCCAAGAAAGCAGGUCCAGGCGUCGGUGAGCUCAUCGUCAAAGCUGUGUCCGCAUCCAAGGAGAGGAGCGGCGUGUCCCUCGCCGCCCUGAAGAAAGCUAUCGCCGCCAGCGGCUACGACGUGGAGAAGAACAACUCCCGCGUUAAGAUCGCCAUCAAGAGCCUGGUGACUAAAGGCACCCUGGUGCAGGUCAAAGGGACCGGUGCUUCCGGCUCAUUCAAGCUCAACAAGCAGAAAGCCGAGACCAAGAAGAAGCCGGCCAAGAAAGCGGCUCCUAAAGCGAAGAAGCCCGCGGCCAAGAAACCCGCUGCUGCCAAGAAGCCCAAGAGCGCAGCGGCAAAGAAGCCCGCCGCGAAGAAAUCACCCAAGAAGGCCAAGAAACCCGCUGCCACAGCCGCUAAGAAGGCGACGAAGAGCCCCAAGAAGGCAAAGAAGCCAGCAGCCGCUAAGAAAGCAGCCAAGAGCCCCAAAAAGGCCAAGGCGGCUAAACCUAAGGCGGCAAAGCCUAAAGCCGCCAAGCCUAAAAAGGCAGCGCCCAAAAAGAAAUAAAGUAUUUACUGUUUCUCCUCAACGGCUCUUUUAAGAGCCACCCACCAACUCUGAAUAAAGAGCAAAACUCGUGUAUAUUAUAGAAAAAGCCAAGAUAUAAUGAUCUUUUAGACUACAUUC